GCAGUGGGCGUCUUGCACGUGCAGCCGUUUAAGCCGCGUGGGCGCCUGCGAGGACUUGGGAGAGGAAACAGCGGGGAGAACUUGAAGCCACCAUGGGAGAUGAAGAUUGGGAAGCAGAAAUCAACCCUCAUAUGUCUUCCUAUGUUCCCAUAUUUGAGAAGGAUAGGUAUUCUUCUGGAGAAAAUGGAGACAAUUUUAACAGGACUCCAACUUCAUCAUCAGAAAUGGAUGAUGGACCUUCUCGAAGAGAUCAUUUCAUGAAAAGUGGAUUUGCCUCUGGGCGGAAUUUUGGAAACAGAGAUGCUGGUGAGUCUAAUAAAAGAGAUAAUACAUCCACAAUGGGUGGUUUUGGAGUUGGAAAGAGUUUUGGAAACAGAGGUUUUUCAAACAGCAAGUUUGAAGACGGUGAUAGCUCUGGUUUCUGGAGAGAGUCUAGUAAUGACUGUGAAGAUAAUCCAACACGGAACAGAGGCUUUUCCAAGAGAGGCGGCUAUCGAGAUGGAAAUAAUUCAGAAGCUUCAGGGACAUCCAGAAGAGGUGGAAGAGGUAGUUUCCGAGGUUGCCGUGGAGGAUUUGGUCUAGGAAGUCCAAAUAAUGACUUAGACCCAGACGAAUGUAUGCAGCGCACUGGUGGCCUUUUUGGUUCUAGAAGACCAGCGUUAAGUGGCACGGGUAAUGGUGAUACUUCUCAAAGCAGAAGUGGCAGUGGAAGUGAACGAGGUGGUUACAAAGGUUUAAAUGAAGAAGUAAUAACAGGCUCUGGAAAGAAUUCUUGGAAGUCAGAAGCAGGAGGAGAAAGUAGUGAUACUCAAGGACCAAAAGUGACCUACAUACCGCCACCUCCACCUGAGGAUGAGGACUCCAUCUUUGCACAUUAUCAGACAGGCAUAAACUUUGACAAAUACGACACUAUUCUUGUGGAAGUGUCUGGACAUGAUGCACCACCAGCAAUUCUGACUUUUGAAGAAGCUAAUCUCUGUCAGACACUGAAUAACAACAUUGCUAAAGCUGGUUAUACUAAGCUUACUCCUGUGCAAAAAUACAGUAUUCCUAUCAUACUUGCAGGACGAGAUUUGAUGGCUUGUGCUCAAACAGGGUCUGGGAAGACUGCGGCUUUUCUCCUCCCGAUUUUGGCUCAUAUGAUGCAUGAUGGAAUAACUGCCAGUCGUUUUAAAGAGUUGCAGGAACCAGAGUGUCUUAUUGUAGCACCAACUCGAGAAUUGGUCAACCAGAUUUAUUUGGAAGCCAGAAAAUUUUCUUUUGGGACUUGUGUAAGAGCUGUUGUUAUAUAUGGGGGAACCCAGCUGGGGCAUUCAAUUCGACAAAUAGUACAAGGCUGUAAUAUAUUAUGUGCUACUCCUGGAAGACUGAUGGAUAUCAUAGGCAAAGAAAAGAUUGGUCUCAAACAGAUCAAAUACUUAGUUUUGGAUGAAGCUGAUCGCAUGUUGGAUAUGGGUUUUGGUCCAGAAAUGAAGAAGUUAAUUUCUUGCCCAGGAAUGCCAUCAAAGGAACAGCGCCAAACCCUUAUGUUCAGUGCAACUUUUCCAGAGGAAAUUCAAAGGUUGGCUGCAGAGUUUUUAAAGUCGAAUUAUCUGUUUGUUGCUGUUGGACAAGUGGGUGGAGCAUGUAGAGAUGUUCAGCAGACCGUUCUCCAAGUUGGCCAGUUCUCAAAAAGAGAAAAACUUGUUGAAAUUCUACGAAACAUAGGGGAUGAAAGAACUAUGGUCUUUGUUGAAACUAAGAAAAAAGCAGAUUUUAUUGCAACUUUUCUUUGUCAAGAAAAAAUAUCAACUACAAGUAUUCAUGGUGAUCGGGAACAGAGAGAGCGGGAGCAAGCUCUUGGAGAUUUUCGCUGUGGGAAGUGCCCAGUUCUUGUUGCUACUUCAGUAGCUGCCAGAGGGCUGGAUAUUGAAAAUGUGCAACAUGUUAUCAAUUUUGACCUUCCUUCUACCAUUGAUGAAUAUGUUCAUCGAAUUGGGCGUACUGGUCGUUGUGGGAAUACUGGCAGAGCUAUUUCCUUUUUUGAUCUUGAAUCGGAUAACCACUUAGCACAGCCUCUAGUAAAAGUAUUGACAGAUGCUCAACAGGAUGUUCCUGCAUGGUUGGAAGAAAUUGCCUUUAGUACAUACAUUCCUGGCUUCAGUGGUAGUACAAGAGGAAACGUGUUUGCAUCAGUUGAUACUAGAAAGGGCAAGAGCAGUUUGAACACAGCUGGGUUUUCUUCUUCACAAGUUCCCAACCCAGUAGAUGAUGAGUCAUGGGAUUAAAGCCAAAACAUCCUUCAAGUCUGUGGUUUUGAUGCAGAGAAGAAAAUAGUUUUGAUUUUUGAGUUUUUAACAGAAGUAUAAAACUUGACAUUCUCAUAGCUCCUCUCCUUGUAUUCUCACUCCUACACUUAAAAAAAAAAUCCUUACUGACUAGUUAUGUGAGAUGCUAAAACUUACAACAGUGCAGUUACUGAUACAAACGGUAUUAACUAGAAAUAUUAAAGCAUUCUAAAUGUC